GCUCCGGUCGCUUCCUGCUUGACUCUCGGCGCUGAGAUGUCCGUGGAGUCUGUGUGGUUCCUGUGAAGUCGAAACGGGGGCUCCGUGGACGGACAGCGGGAGGCGAGAAGCCCCUUCACGGUCCCGCCGCCACCCUCCCCGGUUCAUCUGACUCCCGGUAACGACGAGGCAGCGGAUGAAGUAAUAGAAGCCUGCAGGAGUUGAUCUGAACGCUUCAGUCUGCGGACAACUUUACCAAGUCGUGAGCAAAAUGGAAGCAAAGGUCACCUGGAUCCUGCAGGUUUAAUCCUGGUUUUGUCCUCGAGGCUCGAAGUUUGACCCAGAAAACUGCUGGACGUCCCGUCAAUCCUCCUGAAUACUGGAGUCUAGCCCUGGACUGGUUGGAGCUGUAGCUGUGUGGCCGGGCGGCCUGGCUGCCCACCUGCCUCCAGAUGAAUGAAGAACACUCCGGGACACAGAGACACAGCUGAUGCAGGGCAUGCAGGUGUUUCUGCAAAUAUGAUGAAGAAAAAGAAUCCGCACAAAAAGCAUAAGAGCAGCCUGGGCCCGACCACCAAAGUUCUGUCGCAGCCUCGACGCAACAUCGUCGGCUGCAGGAUUCAGCAUGUCUGGAAGGAAGGUGGAGGACACGUGGUCUGGAAAGGGACAGUCCUCGACCAGGUGCCGGUGAAUCCGUCUCUGUAUCUGAUCAAAUACGAUGGAUUCGACUGUGUUUAUGGUCUGGAGCUUCAUAAAGACGAGAGGGUUCAGGGACUGGAAGUUCUCCCAGACAGACUGGCUAAAUCCCGCCUGACAGAUGUCAACCUGGCGGACGCCAUGAUCGGUAAGGCGGUGGAGCACAUGUUUGAGACGGAGGAGGGUCCGAAGGAGGAGUGGAGGGGGAUGGUUCUGGCCAGAGCUCCCAUCAUGACCACCUGGUUCUACAUCACCUACGAGAAAGACCCGGUUCUCUACAUGUACCAGCUGCUGGACGACUACAAAGAAGGAGACCUCCGUAUUAUGCCCGACUCCAACGACAGCGUCCCGGCGGAGAGGGAACCCGGCGAGGUGGUGGACAGUCUGGUCGGUAAACAGGUCGAGUACGCCAAAGAGGACGGUGGCAAACGAACGGGCAUGGUCAUCCACCAGGUGGAGGCCAAGCCGUCCGUCUACUUCAUCAAGUUUGACGACGACUUCCUCAUUUAUGUGUACGACCUGGUGAAAACUUCGUAAGACUCUGCGGACGUCCUAAAGUUCCCCCAACCGUCAGACGGAAACGAAACGCAGCACAUGUCGAGACAUCUGAAGCAUUUAUAACCCAGAAUUGUUCCUCAGACCAUCAAAGACAAAAUAAAGACCCCAAAACAAGGAUUUUACACAACAGAAGAAGACAGGACGUGCAGUUCUUGGCCCUUAAAUUCUCAAUGGUUUUAUGUUACCUUUAAUUGGUCCAAAUCUUUUUCAGGCCCUUUAAUGCAUUUCUGAGUAAAGCAAAGAAACUUUUAGUGCAGUUAGAAAAAGAAAGAGGUUUCAGAAUCAGAUUUUCUAACCAAAAAUCAAUAUGUAGGCUGGAAUAGGAACAGAUUAACAGUAGCCAACUUGUCUUUGCUAAAAAACAAGCAAACAUGGAAACAAGUUAAAGAAAUGUCAUUUUUCCUUCAACAUUUCUGGAGUUGUUUCCAAAGAUUUCCCCUUCGACUGACACAUCUGAUAAAUGAGCAGAUUCCCAGUGAAGAAAUGUAGCCUGGAGCCAGUUGGUGGAAGAAGCUGUAUUUUAAAGUCGCAAAAAAAAAAAAGACUCAAAGAAGAAGAAUUCAUGCAAUCAUGUUGAAGAAGGAGCUUCUGUUUGGACUCUAUGAGGUUUUAGCAAACAGAACAGCUCAUUGUUGAUGAAAACUUUUGUAUUUGUUGGCGGCACAGAUGUACGGGAGCCCAUUUCUGCCACACUAAUUUUAAAAAGCAAGUUGACAACAACACGAAAAGUCAAAAAAUUACAUCUCAAAUGAAAAUGGAUACAAAUUUUGAACUCUGAACUAACUCUGCACUAGGACACAUUUUUUUAAUUUGGAUUUUGACAUAGUUUUGCGCAAUGUUUCAUAAUUAAAUUUUAUCAAGUAAACCAACAGUAUUUACUCAUGUCGGAACUUUGUAUUAUGUCAAACUUCUCUGUCAAUAUUAAUUUCCCGUACAAUCUUGUAUCAUGCUUUCAACUAACCAAGAAUUUUUUGAAAUUUCCUAAUGUGUCAUCUGUUUUUCCGAAGCAGAAAUGGGCUUCCAUAUAACAGAGACAGGAUAAGAUAAGACAGGAAGAUUAAUCCCAGUUUAACAUCAAACUUGGACUUUCUGAAGUCUUGGAAACCUUCAGCUCAAAAUAAAACUUCUUCAACCCCAAGCCAGAUGGUUUGGCCGCAUCUCUGAAAGAGCAACUAUCGGAAAUAUCCCCCCCAAAAAACGACUUUGGACGCCUCCCAGAAACUAAUUUAUGGCCCUUUUGUUGGACUGGACUUCUGCUCCGGUUGUUGUACAGAGCAAAACAGGACUGAUUUUGUUUCGUCACAUAUUGUGCUACGUUCACAGGCUCCAUGUCACCAACUUCAGCAUUAAUGAAGGUCAGCAGACCCUCGUCUAAAGACGUCCACAGUUGAAAACUGUGAUUUAAAAAAAAAAAAAAAGACAGGGGCUUUUGUUUUCUUUUUGCUUUUAUCAUUGCCAAAACCCCUUCUUGUUGUGAAGUUGUUUGAUGUUAAAGACGAUCGGACAGCUUUUUUCUCGUGAUUUCACUAAAGCCUUUGGAUUUACUCUCGUGUCGUCUUUUCUAAGUCGCCAAUGAAGAAGCAACAAGACGGAACUGAACCUUGGCCGAAGCCCUUUCUGUCCUUUUGCAGUUUGUUUUAGCGUUAAAUACCUGGUUACAGACAGUGGACAGACACCUGCAUCUGUGUCACACCUGGUGGGAACAUGGAUUCAGAGAGCAGAAAGGUUCAGUUCCACCUCCCCGAACGGUUCGUGAUGGUGUUGGACUGGAAGGAAAACAAACCUGCUGUAGCGCCGCAGUCAAGUUUUCAGCCUCGAAGGCAACAGUUAGACACUUUGAAGCCUGAUUCCGGUUCAGUUCUGUGAUAAAAUCAUGACUGAAACAAAAGUAUCCCAGUUUGUAUUUACACACAAACCAAAAGAUUCCUUGUGGAGCAGACUGAGUUUCCUCCUGGACGUCUGAAGCUUCCGUCGGACGUCCACGCGAUGAUUCGGUCCGUUCCACAGCAUGUAUGCAGUAAGAGAGGACACAGUCGGUUGUGUUUAGUAUAUGAAGAGAUUAACAAGCAGUGAAGGUUUAAAAUUUCCUUUUUUUUUUUAAACAAAUGUACUUUUGAUUUUAUUUGGAUUUACUCCAGACUGAAGGUUUUCCAUAAAGUCGCGCUCUGUACUGGGUUGAAGUAUUUGAGUGAAUCGAGGUGUUUUUUUUUUACUGGCUGGUGACUGAUUUAAUUUACACUUUCAGUAUUUUAUCAUCCAGUGAUCCAGUUAUAAUUUGUAGAGUAGAAACUAUGUGACAGUUAAACAUCAGAAUAAAUUGUUGUUGAGCCUUUUAUCGAGGGGAAAUAUGUCUUUAACCAAUCAGAUGCCUUGGCUGAAUCGAUGUACAGAACAGAGUUGUGAAUGUAAAACCUUCAGUGUGUGUACGUCCUGUGAUGUAGUUAGUCGCAAAAGGCAGAUUUCAGCUCUUAUUAUAGCCGCUCUUUAAAAAAAAAAAGAAAAGACAGACUCUCCCAGAGGUCUGUAGGUCUCUCCACUUGUGUAUCUGUUUUGUUUUUCUUUGAAGAUAAGUGCGAUUGUGAUCAUCUCAGUGGGCACUAUUUUUAAUUGGUUAACAAAAUAAUGCUUUGUUACUAAGACUUGGUUUCCAGCCAGGUUCUGUCCAGUUCAUUUUUGCUAUUAUAAUAACAGAUUAUUGUGGUUAAUGUUGGAAUGACAUGGGCCUUCUAUCAUCCUUCUGCCUUGUAUUGUUUGUUUUUGUAUGUUUAAAAAAUGUAUGUUAAUAAUUUUUAUUGUUAAUGGAAAGCCUGA